CUUCGGAUCAAGCUCGUCGAUUUCACCGAUGGCUGGCAGGAAGGUGCCGUUCGCCAGUUCUUCGAGGCUGGAAACCGCCAGCGGAUGACGCAGCAGGGAUUUCGGCGACAUCACGACCAGCGGACGACGCAUCCCGCGCAGCGCCUGACGACGCAGCAUGUGGUAAACCUGUGCCGGGGUAG